AUAGUCACUGCGUCCCACGGAGCCCCCAAACGCCACAAAAUCCCCCAAUUCUUAAGAAAACCCUAAAACCCGCUCUGAGUGUGCAAUUCCAUCAGUCUUACUUAAAACGCUCCCUUAGCCAUGGACGCUCAGAGAGCUCUGCUUGAUGAACUAAUGGGUGCAACUCGUAAUUUGACGGAGGAAGAGAGAAAGGGAUUCAAGGAGAUAACUUGGGAUGAUAAGGAGGUUUGUGCUUGCUAUAUGGUUCGAUUUUGCCCGCAUGAUCUCUUCGUCAAUACGCGGAGCGAUCUAGGACCUUGCCCUAGAAUACAUGAUCCAAAGCUGAAAGAAAGUUUUGAGAAGUCUCCAAGACAUGAUGCAUAUGUGCCAAAAUUUGAAGCUGAACUUGCUCAGUUUUGUGAAAAAUUGGUGAUGGACUUGGAUAGAAGAGUUAGGCGUGGGCGUUCUCGCCUUGCUCAAGAGGUGGAACCCACCCCAGCACCUCCACUAUCAGCUGAAAAAUCUGAACAGUUCUCUUUGCUGGAAGAAAAAAUAAAGAACCUGCUGGAACAAGUAGAGGCCCUUGGUGAAGCUGGGAAGGUUGAUGAAGCUGAAGCACUCAUGAGAAAGGUGGAGAUGCUAAAUGCUGAGAAGACAGCCUUGACCCAGGAACCCCAAAAUGAUAAAGUGCUAAUGCUUGCACAGGAAAAAAAGAUGGCUCUAUGCGAGACCUGUGGCUCUUUUCUAGUAGCAAAUGAUGCUGCUGAGAGAACCCAAUCUCACGUCACAGGGAAGCAGCACAUUGGCUAUGGCAUGGUCCGAGAUUUCAUCGCUGAGUACAAGGAAGCUAAAGAGAAGGCAAGGGAAGAGGAAAGAUUGGCUAGAGAGAAAGAAGCAGAAGAGCGGAGGAAGCAGAGGGAGAAGGAUAAUGAGAGGAGAAGUGGUUCGGGUGAUAGGGACAGGUAUCACGAUCGUGAUCGAGACAGGGAGCGGGAUAGAUACAGAGAACGAGACCAAGAUCGUGAUAGGUCAAGAGAUGGGAAUGUUAGAGGUAGUCGGGAUGGAGGGAGAGAGAUGGAUCGUAGGUCCAGGAAUGGCAGAGAAGGAGGCAGGGAUAGGUACCGUGAUCGGAGCAGGUCACGUUCACCUGUUAGGCGUGGUCACAGAAGAUCACCUAGAAGUCCAGUUCGCCUGUAUUAGUCGAUUUGUCGACAUAUGUCUGAGCUUUAAAAUUUAAAGAGCUUUGUUGAGACUAUACCAUCUCCCUUUCAUCAAUAGUAUUAAUGGAGAAACGGGUUCAGGUAGGUAUGACUUCAUUGUUGAAUCUGAUUUUAUAAUAUAUUUUAUGCUUUUUUUGAAUUCUUCUAUUUUUGGCGUAUCUGUCUCUGAAAGUCUACCAUCUCACCUAUUUUUUGGUAGUCAUCCUGGGCUAUAGACUUUGGUCUCAGUAUUUUAAGUGGUCGGAUGCAAAAAUUAUUUGCAUGAGUGACACUGCUGCUGAGAGAGAUGGUGUUUUCCUCUUGUUUGAGGUAACAAUUAGACCUAUUUCUAUCAACACAACUCCCAUAGAUUGAUAUUUUCUAGUCAGAUUUCGUUCUCCUUAUUCCUGGUCGUUAAAUUGACUUAAUCCAUAUUUACUCAUGCCUACAAGGUAAUCACUUGCAGACUAUCCAGACGAGGUAAUCACUUCGCUAUUUUUUUUUUUUUUUUAAAGACUUUGAUCGUCAAUGGGUCCAAAGGCCCUGCCUUCAUGAGCGACAAUAGAAAUAGGUGCAUGCAGUGUGCGAUGAACGAGCAUUUAUUAAGGGAAAUAGAUAUAGGUGGGCAGUAAAUCAAUAUAUUAUAUUCAUAUUCAAACAUUGCUACUUGUUUGACAGUUUUGGGGCGAGUUUUGGAGUUAUUCGGAUCCGACAGGUAUAAGUAAUUACUGUGUUUGCAGAGUUGUUCAUUAAAAGAAAUGUUGUUUCCACAUGCAUGAGACACUACUUCAGUGGGCUGGGAUGCUAUGUUGUGGGUUCCUGGAGGUAACCAAAAAUUACAAUCUACAGAAUAUAGCUUGUUUCUAUUUAGUUUGCAGGAUGAGGUAGGUAAUCUGGUGAGCCUUGAUUCUUAUUAAAAAAAAAAAAAAAAUCUGGUGAGCCUUGAUGGCCAGAUUGUUGCUAGCAAGUAGACAAUUUAUGCUAAGGAAUGGUUUGUGCAGGGGAAAUAGACGUUUAUUGAAUAGUGGCUGCUUUUGGAACUACUUGUAUCCAAAGAAUACAGGAAAUGAGAAAACCAAAUACAAUUGCAUCUGGAAUCGGGGUGUACAGGUGCAAUGCUUGUCUGCAAUUGACCAGCUAAUAAUAUUAUUUUGGCAAUAUAUGAAUUUUCUGAUACUGUAAAUUAUUAGAUUGACAUUUACUUAUCAAAAUAAAAUUAUUAGAUUGACAUUUAUGCAGUAA